AUCCUCCGGACCGUGGCUGUGUGCGCAGUGACAGCUCUGUAUUUGAUUGUAGUUAGCUUGACAGCUAACCGUUUGCCAGGGCUGUUGGACCAGUGUAAUAGAGCGAUGGGGGAGUUAAAUAAAGAGGUUGUGGAUCUAGUUUGGGAAAGACCAGGCAGCAACGGGGUGUCCGCUUCACUCUUCCGGAGAUGGACCCAGGGGAUGGUCUUCAGUGAGACAGAACACACAGCACUGGAGCAGUUUGAAGGGGGACCCUGCGCUGUCAUUGCGCCUGUACAGGCCUUCCUUCUGAAGAACAUCUUGUUUAACAGAGAGAGUUCUAACUGGAGACGCAUCACAGAGGAGGAGCAGAAAGCGGCCCUAUGUUCUACUCUGGCUGAGAUCCUGGAACAGGCCUGCUCUACUUCCUCCACCACCUCCUACUGCCUGGUGACCUGGGCCAAAGGACAGUGCCCUCACACAUCCCUGACAGGGGGUCCGGAGACCAGCCAGACCCAGCAAGACCAGCAACCCACUGCUUUGGCUGCUGAGGAUCUUGGCUUUGAGCGGUUUCACAGCAUCCUCCAGAAGCGUAUUGUGAAGUCAUUAUCAGAGCUUAGAGAGGAGGUGGUGUCUCUCUACGAAUCCUGGAAAGGGCGCUGUGGAGUCCUGCUCUUCCUCUACUCUGUCAUCCUCACCAAGAGGAUAGAGAACAUCAGGAAUGAGAUUGAAGAUACUACAGAGCCUCUCAUAGAUCCAGUCUAUGGCCACGGCAGCCAGAGUCUGGUUAACCUGUUAGUGACGGGCCAUGCUGUCUCUAAUGUGUGGGACGGAGACAGGGAGUGCUCUGGCAUGAAGCUCCAUGGUAUCCACAACCAGGCAUCAGUUGGCUUCCUCACUCUCAUGGAGUCACUACGCUACUGCAAGGUGGGUGCGUUCCUGAAGUCUCCUAAAUUCCCUAUAUGGAUCCUUGGCAGUGAGACUCAUCUCUCAGUGUUCUUCGCCAAGGAGAUGUGUCUGGUGGCUCCUGAGUCUCCGUCUGAACAGGCCAGGAGAGUCUUCCAAACCUUCGACCCAGAAGAUAACGGCUUUAUUCCAGACUGUCUGUUGGAGGAGGUGAUGAAGGCACUAGACCUCGUCUCAGAACCUGAAUACUAUGUGAGUCUGAUGAAGAGUAAGUUGGAUCCAGAGGGCUUGGGGAUCGUGCUGCUGGCUCCGUUCCUCCUGGAGUUCUUCCCUGAUCAGGAUCCUGGAAUCCCAGACUCCUUUCCUGUCUACCACUACAAUGGCCUGAAACAGUCCAACCACAAUGAGAGGGUGGAGUAUGUGCAGGGUUCAGCCCUGGUCCUGGGCUUUGAGGACCCCAUGGUGAGGACAGAUGACACUCCAGUGAAGCGCUGCCUCCAGACCAAGUGGCCCUACAUAGAACUGCUGUGGAAUACUGACCGCUCCCCUUCACUUAACUAACUCAAUUCUAGGGUCGUAGAGGACUGACUGAUCUCUAAAGGAAAGAAGGCCACAAAGACUGAGAGACACCGUGCAUGUACACUGCUGCACACACAGGAAUUUGCUCACUGUCCUGGGCAGGAGAAAAACACACACACAACAUAUACGCCACUACACACACUUGACAUACAGACACACUUGUUUACUGUUAACUCUGUUGUGUUUUACAUGACUGUAAAUGAAGUCACAGGAUGUUUUUGGUUUGUUGUAAAAAGCUGAAUGACUUAUCACUCUAUAGAUGACUCUGUUUUAUACUCUGGGAUAUAUUCACCUAAUAAGAACUACAUAUAUUAAUGAGAUAGCUGACCUCGUUGGAAUGUAAACCUGUAACUGACUGACUGGAUCUAUGCUUCUGUACCACCCAGCUGUCUGACUGUUAAAGAGAAACAACCAAAGCUUUUUCCAAGAUGCGCGUGCACACACACACACACACACACACACACACACACACACACACACUCCUAUUCUAACUACAGCUAAGUUAGUUUGACCUCUUAGUACUGAGGCAGGGUAUCCCUGACCCAGAUUAGGUUUACUGCAUUAUCUCCAUUGAAAUAGUCCAGGAGCAGCCUAAAUCUGGGGCUGGGAAACUAGCCUCAAGGGUUUUCACAGCAGAUUAGAGUAAAAGGGUAACGCACACACAUACACACACCCUGGUGUUUACAGCAUAAAGGGACCAAUCACAGCAGCGAUAUGAGGAAAUUCCUCCUGUUUAGUGGUUUGACCUGGGAGUAGAACCUUUGGCUGGUUUUACACUUCGAGUGACUUCUCUCUUCAUACCAACACAGGAAGUGAUAUGGUAUUCAUGUAUUUAUUGCCCCCCCCCCCCAAAACUAAUAAACCGUUUUUCUUCA